AUGGAACUUGCUGGAACGACGAAACCACCGAUUUCGAUGACCAGCCGAUUGCAGGAACUGAUUUGUGCGGAAAUUGCGAACGUGAAGGAGAGAAUAAUGUGUGCGAUAACACUGGACAUACAUCGCCCGGAAAAUUUCACGGACAUGGAACACAACUGUCGUCAGUUGUGUCGAGUGCGGUAUCACUUAUUUCGUCCUGAGUAUGCCGGUCAAUUUGUGCCACUUGUGGAAUUGUAUCCAAAAGUUUGGAAAGCAUUCAUUUCGAGUAUGUGUUAAUCUUCUCAUUUAGACUACAGUUGUUCUUUAAGAUUUCACUUGUUCGGACAAACUGGAACAUCAGCAAGAAACGUUCAGGAAACGGUACACGUUUCCACUAGCUCCAAAAAAAAUUCCGAAAGCUCAACCCUGAUCGAGAGAGAGGGAGUUUCAAAGAAAACAAACGUUUUUUUUUCCUUUUCUCGUAAUUUAAAUUGUUUCUUUCUCUGCAGCACCCCAAUACAUUUUCAGGAUAACGUGACGUGCGACAACGAGACCUAUUCCGCCCUGUGUGCACAAGUGGUCGAUGAAAUGCACAUAAACAGAGACUAUAGGAAGUUGAAGUCCACGAAACCGCCCAUACUACACUCGGUCGUCUGUGUGACUUAACCUGUCCGGAAAUAGAUCACAGGUAAAAAUAUUAACCUUAAAAAUCAAGCAUUAGAGCAAUGCUGAAUCGUAAAUCUAGCUAGUGCACUGUCUCCCCAAUCACGAAUGGAAAAGGGGGCGAUGUGCGUAAUUUCACAGUGUCGUUAUGGUCCUCAAUUGAGCAAAAUGAUUGAAAUUCGGUUUUUUGGCUAAAAACAGUCAAAAUUCGCUUAUUUUGACGAAAUUAAUGUUUUAGAAUGUUCAAGAUUUUAAAUCCUCAUAAUUUCUGCGAAAAAGCGUUUUAUGCGAAAUUUCUGUUUUUUUCUAGUUCAUCAUUUUGAAGAAACGUGAGGUAACGCGAACCGACAAAAAACGCCUUUGUACGAAAUGCGAAUCCCGGAUCCCUCGGAAACUCGUCUACAUCAUCUUGUAACCACGUGUCAGAAACAUUAUGAACUACACUGUGGAACAUGUUUGAGGAAAAAAAAGAUGAGAGGACGCAUAUACGAGACAUGCCGCUUUAACUUCCCUCGGAAACGUGAGAUACAACCCUUAAAAACGGGAUUUUUAGAAACUUUAGCAGUCCGAAUUAAGUUUUGGAAAAAGAUUUAAAUAUGUUUCAGUUCACCGCAAAACCAACGUCGAUAUCGGGAAUCAUCAGAAUACAUCGAAACGACUGUACGAAUUGGAGAGACGGCCCGGAGAAGAAUGGAUCAAUGACUAUUGUCCCGCGAUUCUACUGGGAUGGAACGGGAAUGUGGACUGUCAGUACGUGGGGAACAACAAGGGAAUCGUUCCGUAUAUAACGUCUUACACGACCAAGGUAUGCUCUAAAAUUGAUGUGUAAAUCCAAUAUCUAUGUUCAAAUAACAGCAGUUUGUUUGUUGCAGGGUGAAAUUUCAAAAAAAGUGAAUGAACUACGAGAAACGGGUACGAGUACGACCAAGAGCAAAGCCAUAUAUGCCUUCGGAAUCGACGAAAUGAACUCCCGUGAAGUGGGUCUUCUAGAAAUGUGCGACGAACUUCUCGGUCAUCCAAAUUUUGCAUUCGAUAUGGCUGAAGUCUGGAUUCCAACUGUAUGUUAAUUACACUCCCCCUCUAAUAGUCAACAAAUUCAGGAUGAAAAGCACCGGAGAAGUCGGAUGAUGAAUUCGAAAGCACGAAUCGAGGCCGGAGGGGAUGUAUUCCUAUCAAACCUAUUGGAUGUGUACUAUCCUCAGCGAAGCAACGAUCUCGAGUCCUAUUGUCUGUACAAUUUGGCCACUAAUUUCGCAGUCCGAUGUUCCAAAGGUACGGCAAAAAUUAGUAGUAAAAUUUAAGAAGGGAUUUGUUUAACACAAACUUCAAGAUAAUUGUUUCAGCCAAUCCCGACUCGGAGACUGAAGAUGGUGUAACGGAUGGAAUCAAUCAAUCUGAUUGUCAAUCUAUUUUCUACAGUCACGGAAAUUUGAAAAGAGGGACGAAACUUAUGAUAGGCGGUACAAAGAAAUCAUUUGUGAAACAAAAAAAAAGGUAAGUUGAAAAUGCGGAAAAUAAUACUUCAAUUUUUCUAGGUCGGUCGUUUCUUUGUGCCACAAUUCAGUGUAGAUGACCUUGGCAGCCUUGAAGAGUUUCAUAGGCGGAUGUCUAUGAAACCUUGGAGAACGGGAACUAAUAUGCUGGAAACGUACAAUAAGGAUUCGUACUCGUCUUUGUUUCUAGACUAUAUGGAUACGCUGGAAUCGACGUCACCAAUCGCCCACAAGGAGCUCUCAACAUUUCUGGCAUCUUUCGUUGAUAUGAAGAAAGAACAAACGUUGAUACGAACACGAAUGCAGAAUUUGAAUGUGAGUACAUUACUAUUAAAAUAAGGAAAGGAUUGUGAUAUAGUACAUUUCCACUUCGUUACAACAACAAAAAGUCGUAGUUCAUUUGAAGUUAUAUUUUUUUGUAGGAGGCCCUAAAAGAAUUGAACGUGGAUGAAGAUGAAGAUGAACUACAAGUGCAAGCUCGAAGUGUUGAUGUCGACAAACACAACGAAAACGUGUCAAAGCUGAACGAAGAACAGUCUACUCUAUUCAAUAUGAUCAUUCAGAAUGUGCGGAAGUCUCAGGUGAGAGCUCUUUACUAAAAAACACGCCUUAGUUAUAAUUUAGGAACCGGGGGGAGCGAACGUACUGUACUACUGCAGUGGUACCGCUGGCGUCGGCAAAAGCUUCCUAAUAGACUGUUUAGCGGACGCACUAGAAUUGGAAUUCGGUGACAUUGCAAAUGGCUUCUCAACGCCUGCAGUUCUGUUAUCUGCUCCUACUGGUUUGUCUGCGAUCUCAAUAGGAGGACAGACGUUACACUCCUUGUUCGCGAUCGAGGUAAUGCAAAUUAUAUUUCAACGUUCUAUUUAUUGCCACAUAGGUUCAAAGUGGAAGUGAGUCCUCAUAUCACUCCCUUUCUGACGAAAAACGAGAUCUCCGUCGUGCCCUAUUUUCCAACGUGAAGUUAAUAAUUAUUGACGAAAUUUCAAUGUGUGGAUCGAUUAUGCUGGCCAAAAUUCGGAACCGACUGAGAGAAAUUGGGAAAAUCUCGGAAGAAUUCGGAGGCUUCAACAUCGUCGUCUUUGGAGAUCUUUUGCAGUUGCCACCAGUCCGAGCACCACCUGUUUUCAGCGGUGAGCACAAACAUUAUAGUCUCACAGUAAUAACUUUCUUUGAAGGCCUCAGCAAAUACACUGCUCGCAAAAUUUUUGGAGGUUGCGGAGCUCCAAACCUCUGGCAUAACUUCAAAUUUUUUGAAUUGGUCACAAACAUGCGCCAAAGAGAGGACAGAAAAUACGCGGAAAUCCUUGGUAAAAUUGAUUUGAUAAUUUCUCUGCUUUUAAAUCUAAGCCUUCAGACAAUCUGUAAGGUAAGGUAAGGUUAAGUGCACCUUCAUUCUAAAAAAUCUUAGAUAAUAUUUCAAAAAAGCUAGGCUCUUUAGAUUCAAAAUAGUAAUUUAGAAAAAUCAGUUGUUUUGUAACAUAAUUUUAAAGAAAAAAAAUUUAGGUCGUCUACGCAUAAACAAACUGAACGAUGAUGACAAACUAGAGUUGGGUCAACGAAUCAUAGCCACGAACAUGGAUGUUUCUGAACUCCUAACGAAGUCUGCUCAUUACUUUGUUAUUUUGGCUGAAUCGGACCCUUUUGUGAUGACCUUAUUCCCAACAAAACUGGAAGUCGACGAAUUUAAUUUGGAAGUACGUUUUAAAAGUUAAAAUUAAAACUACUAUUUCAAUUAAAAGUAGAAAAAAGUAUUGUUGAUUAUAGGUUCUGAGACUAAUGGGAGCUGAAUGUGUUUCGAUCACUGCCAACGACACUAUCAAGGAUGCCAAUAAAGGGAAUAGAAAACAGAGACCGUGGCAGACGAAAGGUAACGUCAGUUUUUCUUAUUAAAAAAGAUACGAACGCUUCGUUCAGAAUUCAAUUUAAUGGCAAAAAAGGAUUCAAACGAGCGUAAACCAACUAUUGAUAUGAUUGGCUAUGCCGGUGGACUCCGAUCUACUCUUGUUAUUGCGAAAAAUUGUCGAAUCAUGCUACGUCGAAAUCUUGACAAAGUACGCGGACUCGUAAAUGGACUGACUGGUGUCCUCGAAAUCAUUCACGAAGAUUUCGGUGAAAUCACGAAAUUAGGUAUCAGGUACGGUUAAAUGGUUAAAACCUUUUAAACGUCAUUUAAAGUUAUACGAUUCAGAUUUGACCGAAUUCCCGACGAAAUAACCUGGGUUCGAAAGCUCACGGUAAUGUACGAAACGAAAUCUGGACAACGGGCAAGUCGGACCCAAUUUCCUCUGGAACUUGCAUACGCGUGCACUGUCCAUAAAUCACAAGGAUUGACACUGAACAACGUCAUAGUCUCAACAAGGUAACCGUCUAAAUUGGACAACAUCAUUUCACUAUAUCUUAAUGAUUUUCAGAAGGAUGUUCAGCGACGGCCAAUUUUUUGUGGCGGCGUCACGUGUACGAGCCAUCACAGGGCUUCAUCUCAUCGAUUGCGACCUUUCCAAAGUAAAAUCUAACAAGUUUGCGAUUGAAGAGUACGCCCGACUUGGAUCCACAGCAAUUCAUUCUGAAGACUCAACGGAACAACUGAAGGAAAAUCGAAUUACCGACACAGAGACGGAAGUGUACCCCAAUCAUCUGACAACAGCUUCGAAUUCCCAAUUCCUGAAGGAUUAUUCGACCAAUCAAAGUGAGAGAUAGUUUCCUCAAAAGUGACAAGGUCAUUUUAAUUUCUCUAUUUAGGUUUGGGAUUGAGGGAUGAUGAAGACCAUAUGCUCAGAACUGGCACAGUGGGAAUUCCGCUGACCAAUACCGUGCAGUCGUGCAGAACGGUAGUUAACACACUCCUCAAGGUGAAGACAAACGAGGCAUUCUACGUGGUAAAUCAUAAAAAAUGAAAUAGUGCCAACUUUAUGCUAUUCAGGAGUUGACACGACUUCUCACAGGACGUUCCAAGGAUGUCACCCUUCUUCGGUCUUUGUUUCCCGACAGGGAGCUCCACAAUGGGCAGCAAGACGUGGGGAGGGCUUGGGACCAACUGACAGAGGUAAGAUAACUAUAAACACUCGAUGGGAUAAGAUUCAUUUCAGAAACUGCCCUACGAAGUCUUCAAAUCAAUCAAAUUCACAACCACCACAACAUGGAAAUGCGAAUUGUGUGGAGAUGCGGAGUCCUCGCUACACGAUGAGAUCAUUUUAACCACCGUCGCCUACGAGACUACUUCUGUUGCCGAGUUGUUCGAAGACGACACGUCAACUAGGACUUGUCGAAAUUGCAAAUAUCAGGAAGCAAAACGAUGUAAAAAAUAUUCAGUCUCCGAGUCAACAAGGCAUUUGUGUGUGAAAAUCUACAAGACACGUGAGAAGACGUAUAUCUCUGAUCUGGACAACGAGAUAUUUCAAUUUGCGGAAAAUGAAUGGACCCCAAUAGGUUAGUACAUUCUGACCGAUGACAACAAAUUUUUCAUUCAGGUCUCGUGGAAUAUAUUCCUGCGCCGAAUGUUCCGUACUCAACACAAGGUCAUUAUGUUUCAUGGAUAAAAUCGAGAAAUUAG